AUGGGGACGCUCGUGGCAAAGCUGCUCCUCCCCACCCUCAGCAGCCUGGCUUUCCUCCCCACGGUCAGCAUCGCUGCCAAGCGCCGCUUCCACAUGGAGGCCAUGGUCUACCUGUUCACCAUGUUCUUCGUGGCGUUCCACCACGCCUGCAACGGGCCCGGCCUGUCGGUCCUCUGCUUCAUGCGCCACGACGUCCUGGAGUACUUCAGCGUCUACGGGACAGCGCUGAGCAUGUGGGUCUCACUGAUGGCGCUGGCCGACUUCGACGAACCCAAGAGGUCGACCUUUGUGAUGUUUGGCGUCCUGACCAUCGCGGUCCGGAUCUACCACGACCGCUGGGGCUACGGCGUGUACUCGGGCCCCAUCGGCGUGGCUGUCCUCGUCAUCGCCACCAAGUGGCUGCAGCUCAUGAAGGAGAAGAAGGGUCUGUACCCCGACAAGAGCGUCUACACCCAGCAGAUAGGCCCAGGCCUCUGUUUCGGGGCGCUGGCCCUCAUGUUACGAUUCUUCUUUGAGGAUUGGGAUUACACCUACGUGCACAGUUUCUACCACUGCGCGCUGGCCAUGUCCUUUGUCCUCCUGCUGCCCAAGGUCAACAAGAAGGCCGGAAGCUCGGGGCCCCCUGCCAAGCUGAACUGCCCCACCCUCUGCUGUGCUUGUAUCUGA